GGGGGCCAUGUAGGCAUGGUGAGGGAUUUGAAUAUUCUUUGACUCCUGGGAAGCCACAGGAGGAUUUGGGACAGGGGUGGGCAAUGCAGUCUGGGGUUCAGGUUUUCGAAGCCCUUGUGCUCGUGUUGAAGAGGAGUUUGGGUGUCGUGGGACUGCUGCAGGUGGCCCAGUGAGUAAUGGUGGCAGGCUGGCGGGAGGAGGUGGGAGGACGGGGAGAGGCAGGGGAGGUAGGGCACAGGAGCCCAGGCCUCGCGGCUUCCCCUCCCAAAGAGCCCUCUCCCUUAAGCAAGUUGGGACGCCUGGCCCAGGCCCAUAUGGAACCAGGCCCGCCCAGCCCUCUGGGCUGGCGGGGAAACUCUGAUAGUGGGAGCUCCUCUCCUCUCCGGGCUGAGGUAGGAAGGAGCAAGGGGCACCCUCCUGACAGCCUCUUCCUCUGUACCCCCGACACUGAGCCCCACAACGCCUCUGCCCUGUCCCUCUCUUCACUGGUCCUAAUGCCCUCGCAGGCUCACCCAGAGCCUCUGCUGCCACCAUCCCAGGUCCCUCGCCUGGCCCUCCCCACCCUUACCACUCUAACGACCAAUUAGGAUGGUUCCGUUCCCAGUGCUGGCCCAAGGCCACAGCUUCGGGACAGAGGGAGAGGAGUGAUGGGUAGCCUCCAUCCUCAUCCUCAUCCUACGGGGGCAGCUGCCGGAGCUGUCACACGAUGAUGGUGGAGGAAUGAGAUCCAUUCCCAAGCUCGUCUCCCCCAGCGUUCCUACCCAGGAGCUGGGCCAGCCCACCCUGGGAGUGCCCUUUAGCUGGCCCCACUGUGAGCUCCUUUCCACGCCUGGUCCUCCACUUCAUCUGAGGUGAGCUGGGAUUGAGUCUGACUCCGGCUGCUGCGUGACUCAGGGCAUGUGGCCCCCCUGCCGUAAGCCUCUAUCUCCCCCAUCCGCAUGGGCUCCCAGAGUGUCAUUCCCACCACAGAGCCUUGGCCUUCACUGUUCUUGCCGUCUGGAUCACCUCGCACAGUGUCAGCUCCUGCGGAAGCCCUCCCCGACUCCCCAGCCCAUGCAGUCCUCGCUCCCCACCGUAUGCCCCUGCAGCCACCCAGCCUGAUCACACUGCAAAAUCGGCCUAUGGUUGGCGGUCUUUUGCUCACAGAAUUGAAGAAAGGAAGCUCAGUAUUCAUCCCGACAAACCUCUGCCCUCUGGCUGUUGAGCUGAGCGUUAGGUGCUGUUCUCCAGCCAGAAGGGGUCCUGCUGAAGGGAGGCUGGCAUCUAGCCACACACCCCUGAUUCUGGGCACUGCGGAGGCAGCCGCCCUGGAGCGGGAGCUUCUGGAGGAUUACCGCUUCGGGCGGCAGCAGCUGGUGGAGUUGUGCGGCCAUGCAAGCGCCGUGGCUGUGGCCAAGGUGUUCCCCUUGCCUGCUCUCUCCCGGAAGCAGAGGAUUGUGCUGGUCGUGUGCGGCCCAGAGCAGAAUGGGGCUGUGGGACUGGUCUGUGCCCGGCACCUGCGGGUGUUUGAGUAUGAACCGACCAUCUUCUACCCCACCCGCUCCCUCGACCUGCUGCACCGCGACCUGACUACCCAGUGUGAGAAAAUGGACAUUCCCUUUCUAUCCUAUCUGCCCACAGAGGUCCAGCUCAUCAAUGACGCCUACAGGCUGGUGGUGGAUGCUGUGCUGGGCCCCGGCGUGGAGCCUUGUGAGGUUGGGGGCCCCUGCAUACGCACGCUGGCCACGCUCAAACUGCUGUCCAUCCCCCUUGUGAGCCUGGACAUUCCCUCAGGCAUGUCAGGUGGAGGGGGGUUGGGGGGCCCCAACCUGUCUGUCCACCGUGAGCCUGUUUCCCUGGUGUGGAUGGGUCAUGCACUCUGGGGGAGACUGCAGCUCACGUCCAGCCUGUGGAUGGCAAAGACCAUCACACGGAUGCUGUCCAUUUGUCCCUGUGUCCCUCUCCCCCCACCAUCCAGCCCAGCCUGCCCACUGCCCACCCUGGGCCAGCCACCCGGGCAGACGUGAGCUCACUCGGCAAAGGCCUUGCCUGCCCUGGCCGCCGCCCCGUGCCUGUUGGAGCCAUUAGGCAAUGGGCAGACGGAACAAACAGCUGCUGGCCAGCCAGACCCUCCACGGGGGUGGCUGGACUCAACGGAACAUCCCCAGGCUUGCAAGACCCCAGGGCCAUCCCAGCCGGGAGCCACAGAGCAGGGGUUGGCUGUGAGGAUGUGGGCUGGCCCGUCUGAGGAUGAAGGCUAGGGUCACAGAAGGGAGGGUUAAGGUCAGAGGGAGGAGGCUUUUAGUUAGUGGGCCCAGACUCUGGUCAGAGGCAGGAGAGAAGGCAAAGCCCCUAGUCUGGAGGUGGAGGCUCGUUAGAGGCUAACGAGGGAGGGGUUGGGGUGCUGUCAACUCAAAAGACGAGACCUAGUCUGAGGGUAAAGGCAGGGAUGUCUAGUCAGAGGAUAGAUGCUGAAACUGGGUGGUGAGGGCGGCCUGUGUUAGCAGAUGCAAGAACCUGGGGCGAGGGGACAGGUCUGAUGGAGGAGCUUUGCCUGAGGAGGGAGGCAGUUGUGUCCUCUGGGUAGAGAGUGGGCAUCUGGUCAGAGAGGUAAGGCCAGCGGGAAGUCUGGAUGGAAAACGGCUCUAGUCUGAGUGGAGAAGCUCAGGAUUGACAGGGAGGGAGACAGAUGCUGGGUCAGAGAGCAGAGGCAUGGGUCUCAUUGGGGAAGGGCCACAGGUGGGAAUGGUGUACUGUGAAGGCAGAGGCUGCGUCACAUGCAGGAGAAAGACUGGGUAGCAGGUGGGAAAAAGGGCAGAAAAGUCUGAGGGCAGAGGCUCCGGUCAGAGGGGGAGGGAAACCCCUCCCAGGACAGGGGGAGACGAGUCUGUGGGCGGAGGCUCCGCUGAGGCGGGUCAGAGAGCAGAGGCCGCAUCUCACGGGGGAGGGGAAGCGGCCGUCGAGGCGGCAGGACUGUGAGGCGAGCACCCCUCGCAGCUCCCGACCCCCGUCCCGACGUCCCCCCUCAGGCUGGGACGCGGAGACCGGCGGCGGGGAGACGGAGGACGGGCUCCGGCCGGAUGUGCUCGUGUCGCUCACGGCGCCCAAGCGCUGCGCCGGCCGCUUCUCCGGGCGCCACCACUUCGUCGCCGGCAGGUUCGUGCCCGACGAC